UCAGAGCCACGAAAAGGAAAAGCCUCAACGGAAAACCAAGAAAGAAACCGAAGAAGAAGAAGAGGAGGAGGAGGAGCGAUGGGUGUGGAUUACUACAACAUACUGAAAGUGAAUCGGAACGCGAGCGAGGACGACUUGAAGAAAGCCUACAAGCGCCUCGCCAUGAUCUGGCACCCCGACAAAAACCCCGCCGGGAAACGCCCCGAGGCCGAGUCCAAGUUCAAGCAAAUCUCCGAGGCCUACGACGUCCUCUCCGACCCCACCAAGCGCCAGAUCUACGAUCUCUACGGCGAGGAGGCUCUCAAAUCCGGCCAAUUCCCCCCUCCCUCCUCCUCCCGCUCCGCCGCGCCCCACCACCACCAGCAACACCCUCACUACUACCACCGCGCCAACAACAACCACAACAACGCCACGUCGUUUCGGUUUAACCCGAGGGACGCGGACGAUAUUUACGCCGAGAUUUUCGGAUCGGAGGGCGGCGGGAGCAGCGUGGCUGGCGGGAGUGGCGGCGGGAGGGGGUAUAGGGACGGGUUCUUCAGGACGUCGAAUGGGGCCGGUGGGCCGGAGUUCGGUGGGACUAGUAGUGGGCCUGGGCCGGGGUUGAGGAAGGCCAAUGCUGUGGAGAAUAAUCUGGCGUGCAGCUUGGAGGAGCUCUAUAAGGGAUUCAAGAAGAAGAUGAAGAUUUCCAGAAGCAUUUUCGAUUCUGCUGGUAAGGUUCGGACUAUGGAGGAGAUCUUAACCAUUGAGAUCAAACCUGGUUGGAAGAAAGGGACAAAGAUAACCUUCCCUGAGAAGGGUAAUCAAGAGCCUGGUGUUAUUCCAGCAGAUCUGAUUUUUGUCGUUGAUGAAAAACCACAUCCACUUUAUAAGAGGGAUGGUAAUGAUCUCGUGGUGAACCAGGAAAUCACACUGCUUGAGGCACUCACCGGUAAGACGCUUGAUCUCACCACCCUAGACGGAAGGAAUCUCAUGAUCCCAUUGACAGAUAUCAUCAAACCUGGAGCUGAUAUGGUUGUACCAAAUGAAGGAAUGCCGAUCUCAAAAGAACCAGGGAGAAAGGGAAAUUUGAGAAUCAAGUUUGACGUCAAAUAUCCUUCAAGACUUACCACAGAACAGAAAUCAGAUUUGAAAAGAGUUUUGGGAGGAGUUUCAUUAUGACUGCUAACUAGGUUGACCACAAUGUAAAUAUGAUGUGUUUGGUAUUUGAAGGAUGUGAAUACUAGAAGCUUUCUGGGAUGAGAGGAAGAGACAUGGGCUCCGUUUAGCAAGCUCCUGCAAUCGCAUUUGAAUUGAGGAUGCAAAUUUGAAAUUUCUAUUCUGGAGGAUAUGGCCAGUUUAUUUAUCCUACAUGAGUCAUGUCAGUUUUGGGCGGUACAUUGUUUUAUGCUUUGAUAUGCAUGCUAUACUUAGAAAAUGUCCUUGGAUUUUGAAUAGAUAUAGAAAGUGAGUUUGUCACUUCUAGAAACUAAAUCAUUGAAAUUUUUUAUGUACUGGGUCUGGGUGAUUAGGGAUUCAACUUGGGGUUUCUCAUUUCUUCUUUCUUCUUAACCUUUUACUUUCGUAUGUAUUUUUAUUUAUUGAAUAGUCAUUGUUUGUCAUCUGAU